AUGGAUUCUGGUAAUAGUGGAAGUAUCUCUUCUAGUGGCGAUGAAGAAUAUGAUUCACAUGCUCAUCCAUCGUUCCUUAAUCAUCCAAACUCCCAUUUUGGCUCCAUCUCUCAUGCCCAAUCGCCCCUCGUUGAUCCUUCUCAUCCCCCAAUGUUUGAUCUAUCUUCAGCCUACCUCCGCACCCUCCCUCAAUCCCAGCCAAACCAAAAUCCCCAUUCCUUGUUAAAUUUGGACCCUCAAGCCCAAAGAUCUGAACCCAAUUACAGCCACCCUACAAGCUUACCAUCUUCAUCGGAUCCUCAACCCUCAUCUUUACCGAUUACCAACAACGUAGUAAGAAACUCAAAGAAGCGAAGCAGAGCUUCAAGGCGUGCUCCCACCACGGUUCUCACCACCGACACCACCAAUUUCAGAUCCAUGGUUCAAGAAUUCACUGGAAUCCCUGCACCACCCUUCUCCUCCUACUCUCGCCGCCCAAACCCAUUGCUUUCAACUCCAAGAACCUUGUUACACAACAAUAUCAACAUGACCUCUCCCAAUAACGCUACCAAUAACUCCAUUAACUACCAACUACCUCCUGAUCUAUCUCUACCCUAUCACAACCCACACAACAUCAUGCAAAAUCACCCUACACUCGCAUUCCAAUCCUCUCCUCCUCUUCACACUCUUCUCCCUGCAAAGUCUUUACCCAUGCCAUCGUUUGAUGAUGAUGUGGGUGUGAGCCAUGGCCAUGUGAAUGUGCAUAUGAUGGCUACUACUAAUGGAAUAUCUGGUCAUGAACACGUGGCUUCUGAGAACAUGCCUCUGAGGAGCGCUGGUGCUGAUGCUUGUAGAGAUCCGUUUAGGUCUUUAGAUGGGAACUAUGGUAGCUGCAAGCUAAACAUUUCAUCUUCUGUUUCGAGUGGCUUGAACCAUCAUGAGAAGACCUUAGAGAAUGUGUCCCCAAGAGGGGAAGGUGCCGUGGAUGCGUGGAUUUGUUCUUCUGAUCAAUAG